AUGAAUGCCCUAAUUUCACUAUUCUUCUGCCUCUUCUCUGCAGUUAUUCAAGGUGAACAAACGCCGCUAAAAUGCGAUUUUGAACCAUAUGGCACUUGUACAGAUUUCAUUCUCGAUUCAAAGUGGGGCGUGACAAACGGUCAACAUCCUCUCCCGCUUGAUCAUGAUCAUACGUACAACAAUUCCACGGGACAUUACAUUUUCUACAUACCAGAUACGCACAUUCCCAGGAAAACAAGUAUAAUUCGUUCAUCCACAUGGAUCCAGCCACCAUCAGACAGAGCAAUGUGUCUUCAGUUUUAUUAUUUUAAUUCACUUUUGCGUGAUUCAGCUAUUGAUAUUGAUUUUGUGCGAGGUGAUCAAGGGGAAUUCGUUUAUACAGUAGCAGCCGUUCAACAACAAGUAUUAGACUGGACACUAAUCUCCAUUCCAUUACCAAGCGAAAAAUUUCUAGUGCAGCUGGAAUUCAAUUCAACUUUAGAUGGUAUCCUACUGGAUGAUCUAUCAAUUGAUAACUGUAUCGGCCCCUUGCCAUUAUCUCAAAAAACAAUUUAUUCAUGCGACUUCGAAUCUGAUUGUGAUAUCCAGACGCUACCCUAUUAUCUGUAUCAAUGGGAAAAUACUGUUGCUGGUGAAGCUCAUAAGAAAGUUUCAUUUGCACCUCAAGUUGACCAUACAACGGCAAACGAAACUGGGCAUUACCUAUGGUCUGAUACCAAACGGUAUCAACGAGAAGCCGGUGCUAGCGGAUAUUUUUAUACUUUGGAGACAUUCCAACUACCACCAAAUGAGACCUACUGUCUGAAUUUUUAUUAUUAUACAACUGCAAAUCCAGCGCAAUGGCCCACAAUGUUACGAAUAUGGGCUUGGACAAGAACAACAACGAAUAAGUUACAUUGGCUGUGGCCUUAUCCGUUAGAUUUUAAUUAUAAAUACGCAGCUGAUAAAUGGACUUGGGCCAUAGUACCGCUUCCUGCUGGAAAAUACUCACUCCUGUUUCGCAUUGAUGACCGUGAACUUCCAGCCACUACAUUUUCAGUUGAUGAUA